AUGGGGAAGAAAAAAAGUAACCGUAAACAAGAAUUAAAUUCUGCAUUACAAAGAAAUGUUAGCAUUGGAAAUUCGAGUGCUGUUUUGGACAAUAACCUAGACAAUUUUCGAUCAUCUCCAAAUUCUUUAGUAGCUUACUUUCAAAGUUUCAGGUGGGCAGAAGUUAAGGAAGCAUUAAUUAAUUUAUCGGUGAUCUUGUUAAUUCUGGCUGUAUUCGUCUUUACAGUUAUUUUAAGAGCAGGGGAGGAGUUUUAUAGCGUUCAUGGGAAAUUAAACAAAAACGAAAAUCAGAGGAAUUAUUACGAAGUCUUGGGUGUAUCGAAGAAAUCAUCUAACUCAGAAAUCAGAAAGGCAUUCAGAAAGCUUAGUUUGGUAUGGCACCCUGACAAAAAUCCCGAUUGCGAACCAUGCUUGGAAAAGUUUAGAGACAUUUCAAAAGCAUAUGAAAUAUUGGGUGAUGAUGAAAAAAGACAAAUUUACGAUACUACACAAGGUGGUGAGAUUGAAAUAAUUCCUUCAGCGGCAGUUACUUUAACAUCAGAUAACUUUGAUGAUCUCGUUACCUUUCAGACAACUAAUUCGUGGGUCAUACAAGUUUACACAGAUCAUGAUGAACUUUGCCACUAUUUUUCUUCCAUUUGGGAAGAAUCUAUUGAAGAAAUGGGGAAAUAUUACAGAUUUGGUAGAAUUCACGCCAAAAAAGAAAGCCUACUAUUAAAAAAGUUACCAUUAAAUGUCAAAGUAUUUCCUGCCAUUUUUAUUAUAACAAAUGGGUACCCAUAUGAAAUAUAUUCUCAAAUUUAUGAUCCAAGUUUAGAAUCUUUUCUCGAGUUUCUCUCUAACUCUUUCCCAAUAACUUUGAGUCUAUUAAACUCAGAAAAAUCAAUGCAGACAUGGAUUAAAAAAAAUAAUGCGUACAAACCAAAGAUAUUAAUUGUUUCUAACAAACCUUUUCCAACGUUAUUAAUUCGUUCAUCUGCGUUAAAGUGGAGUUCAACUUUCGAAUUUGCAUAUUUUCAUAACAGCAAAAAAACUACUACGCUUUACAAAUGGGGUAUAGAGACUAGUAAGCCAUACUUGGUUGCAUUUCCACAAAUUGUUGAUAAUACAGAGUUAAUACCAAGGUUUGUAAUUCCACUUGGGGACCAUUCAAAUGAACAUGUUUUGCAAACUAGGUUUAUAAAUGACCAUAUAUUGAGCCUUGCCAAUAAUUUUACAUCAUUAACACAAAAAUUAGAACAUUCAUUGCUUUACUUGCAGCAAAUUUAUGUACCUUUUGUUGAUAGUAACAAUGCUAAAAAUUUAUGUGAGUCCAACAGUUUAAAUCGGAUAAUUUGUUUAAUGAUUAUACAUGACAAAUUAGAAGAUGGCCAAGUUCAAAAUCAAGAAGUUAUUCAAGCAUUAAAUAUUUCUCGUCAAGAUUAUAUUAAGCUAAAAAGAAAUUCUGAAAAUACAAGUAAUGGCAUUGAUGAAGAAGUUGACGAAGAUAUUGGGGAACUUUUUAUUCAGCCCAUUCAAGUUACCUUGUCAAGCAAAGUUAGUGGAAUCCCAAGCAUGUCUAAAAUCAAAGGUUUUAUGGAGCUAACACGUAACGUAACUAAUUCGGGCUUUCUACUAAUUGAUUUUGAUGGAGACAGGUUUUCUAUUCUAGAAGCAUUAACCGACGUUUACCAAAAGGUCUUUGAAGAAGAAAUCUUCUGGACUAGACUACCUCAAGUUUGUACAAAUUAUAAUAGCAAUAAUUUGUACAGGAAUUGUCUUUUUGGUAGUUCUGAAGAGCUCUCUUUCUUUCAGAUGGUUUCCGCACUACUGAAAUUGAGGAAUAUUUUGUAUAUUUUUAUUAUUACAACUUCAAUUUACUUCUUUAAAAAAGAAAUUAAAAUAUCUACCAACAAAUAA